UUCAUGUUUUAUUCUGUAAACUAUGCAGAGUAGUGAGUAUUUACUAAUGUGGUGGUAUACAAAAACCAAAUAAAUACACAAAAUAAGAAGCCAAUUGGUCCAGAUACUCUGGCAAGAUUCUGCCAGUCCAAGUGAACAGUCCUAGGGCUCAGUGAUCCAGUGCAUUGCUUGGUUCAGUACAAUGCAGCUUAACAUCUUCAAUGCCACAGAUUUCCAAGGAAUAGAUAUCUGUGCCUGUCACAACAGAGUUGAGCAACUAUCUUCUGUUGAAAGCUGCACCACUCAGUAGGGAGUAUUGGAAGCUGCAUGCUGACACUGGGUGGGACCUCAGGCAAAAGUACAGUAAGUGAAGCGAAAAGUAUUUGGGUCUCUUUCUUUUCUGCCGCCUCUUCUUGCUAUAUAGUGCCCUCUUUUCAAUAUCUUUUCUUUCUUUUUAUGUCUGAUUUCUUUUUUGUUCCUCCUCCUUCUCUUUCUGAUCUUUUUUCCUUAAAAGGUGGAUAGCUGGGGGAAGGUCAAAGGCUUGAACUUAACAUUUUGCACAGGGCUUUUAAAAUUAGACCAUGGAGAGCUUGUGUAAUGAGGGUGGGCUGGGGGGGGGACUUUAUCCCAAAAUAGGGAUAAUGCUUGUUCGUGAGCCACCUAUGCUUGUUCAUAAGUCACCUAUGAACUAGGCCUAGGGCGGAACAAAAUGAUAUAGUAAAGCCAAUGACAAACAAAAAACAUUGUCGCCAUCAUCAUAGAACUGCAUAGGGAAAGGACGCUAUGGAUGAUCAAGUUAGCCUCUGUCAAAGAGGCACAGUGAACUCCCAACCUCUGACUCCAUGGCCAGAGAACAUAAUCCAGAAGAACCACCAUGGAUCAAAUCAAAGGUUUGUUUAGUCCAGUUGUCAAUGAAUAGUCCACAAGCAUGACGAGUGCAGCUCAAAAGACGACUCACAGCACUUUAAACCUUGAUGUAUUUGUCUUGCAAUAUUUGAGCUUUGGCCCAUAAAAAUAGACAGCACUACAAGUGGCUUUUGAACUGCCCACGGUACCUGACGCCAAAAUUUCCAAAGGGUGGCCUGUCCUGAUUGUAAGCUGUCCAUGUAUGGCAACAAUAGAUCCAUCCUAUGAAUGUCUAAACUUAGUGGCGUUCAGUUCACUGACAGCUGUAGGUAUGGAGCCUUAAGACUGAAGAUUGUUUUGCACAGUUUUGUUUUACAGUAGUGUGAGAAAAACGUGACAAGCAUUCCACAAUUUUAGGACAGUCAUCUUGCUGAUGAUGAUCACGACCAUCAAAGUAAGCAAGGAAUCCAUAGUAUGAAAGAUGCUACUUGGAAAAGAGGCCAGGUGUGUAUGUGUGGGAGAACAUUAGUGGAUCUGGAAGCCAAGGAAGCCAAUUCCAUAUCUCGUAAAUUAGACUAUAAAUCUGGCAAGCUCUCUCUUUUCUUCUCCAAGCUCUCCCUCCUCCAGGUUUCCACGAAAUAGGCCCGCCUGCAAACAACACACAACUCCUCUCCGGCUAACUUCCUCUACUUUUCCCGCACCCUUCUGUCAUGUCACUCGCCUGGCUGGAGAGGUGACUGAGCAGGCUGCUGAGUUCAAAAACAGAAAACAAAAUCGGCACAAGUUUUCGUCCAGAACGCAGUCACGGUUUGGCCACAACAGCGGGCGGAGGGCUUCCCAAAUCCUCGAAACCAGAAUUAGCCGGUAUGGGGCCCGCCGGGAAGAGCGCGCAGCUUUCCAAACGUCAAGCAAGAGAUGGGCUGGUUGUGGUGGGAGGAGGAGGAGGAGGAAGAGGAGAAGGGUCACGCCGAGGCGAGUUGCCCUGAGGACAAAAGGGCAACGAUCGGGUGUAGAGAUCGGCGAGGAACCUCGCCACCGGUCUUCUUCGUUCCCUCCCGCCUUCUCCACGCCGCCUUCCCGGUGCCACGGAGAGAGGCUUUGGGCGCUGGGCUGAGGAGAUGCCCCUAGACCGGAUCGCCGCAGUCCCAGGGAUCCCGCGGCGGAAGCGCGGAGAAGGGCUGUCACUUUGGAGAGGCAUCAGAGAAUAAGAGAGGUUCCCUCCGGAGCGAGCCAAGGGCCGUGCCAGGGCCGUCUGGUUUCCCAAGUCUGGGCACGGCUGGGCAGGGCGGCUGCGUUUGGGUUGGGUGGCCUCGGGGACCGGCGAUGCAGCCGUCACACCACCAGGCAGAAAGUUGAGCCAGGCAACGGCGGCACCGCUUUCUGUGCUCCGGCGGUGUUGGUGCUGCUGCUGCUGCUGCUGCAGUGAGGAGUGCAGAUGACCAGAGAUAAAAAUACAUGGUGAGCAGCAGUGUGAAAAGUAUUCUUGGGCAUGAGUUCAGUCCCUGCAAGGGCAAGGAUAAUCUGUGGAAAAUGUACACCAGCCACGAAGAUAUUGGUUAUGAAUUUGAGGAUGAUUCCAGAGAGAGGGACAAGAAGCUCCAGUCAAAUCCAGACAUUGAUGGAGGAUGGGCUUGGAUGAUGGUUCUUUCUUCCUUCCUGGUGCAUAUCCUUGUCAUGGGAUCUCAGAUGGCCCUUGGAAUUCUCAACAAGGAAUGGCUUGAAGAAUUUGGCGAGAGCCGAGGCCUGACAGCAUGGGUCAGCUCUCUCAGUAUGGGUACUACCCUGAUUGUAGGUCCAUUUAUUGGUUUGUUCAUUAACACCUGUGGAUGCCGGAAGACAGCCAUAGCUGGAGGAAUCUUGAAUGCCUUGGGAUGGAUAUUGAGUUCCUAUGCCUCAAACGUGUACUACCUCUUUAUGACAUUUGGAGUUACAGCAGGUAUUGGAAGUGGCAUGGUAUACCUACCUGCUGUGGUCAUGGUAGGAGAGUACUUUCAGAAGAGAAGGGCACUUGCCCAAGGCCUCAGCACAACAGGGACAGGAUUUGGUGCUUUCCUGAUGACAGCUUUGCUCAAAUACCUUUGCCUGGAGUUUGGCUGGAGGAAUGCCAUGCUGAUCCAAGGUGCAGUUUCUUUGAACCUAUGUGUUUGUGGAGCCCUUAUGAGGCCCAUUUAUUACAAGGAUGCUGCUGCUGAAAAAGAUGGAGAAACAAACAAUGACAGAAGCAAGAGUCUCUCUGAGAAAGUUCUCUCCCACUCUGAAGAAACACUGACAUCUAACGGUGUCUUUAGAGAAGAGCUGAAAGAGACAAAAGGAGGACAAGAGAAGGAUGAAAAGCUUGGCAGCCUUUUGGCCUUGGAAAGCAAAGAUGUCACUGGACAUGGGAAGAACAUCUAUGUUCUGUGUAUUCUGAAAACAGUGAGACAGCUGACAGUUACAAUCCAGAGAGGAUUUGGAGUGUGGUAUUCUAGUUAUUUUGGUACUGCCUCCCUCUUCGCGAACAGAAAAUUUGCAGCCUUUGUGUUUUGGGCCUUAUUUGCAUAUAGCACUUUUGUGAUCCCUUUUAUCCAUCUCCCAGAAAUAGUAAAACAGUAUCACCUAUCUGUGCAGGAUGAUAUAUUUCCAUUGACUUCAAUUAUUGCCAUUGUUCACAUUUUUGGGAAAGUCAUCCUUGGCAUUAUCUCUGAUUCUCCAUGUGCCAGUGCCUGGAACGUCUUCAUUGCAGCUAACUUUACUCUUGUGUCCUGCAUUUUUGUUUUCCCACUAAUGCACACGUAUGCUGGAUUGGCAGUAGUAUGUGCCCUAAUAGGAUUUUCUAGUGGAUAUUUUUCACUCAUGCCUGUUGUAACAGAGGAUUUAGUAGGGACGAAGCAUCUUGCGAAUGCCUAUGGAAUCAUAAUCUGUGCCAAUGGGAUUUCUGCACUGCUGGGACCACCAUUUGCAGGAUGGAUUUAUGAUCUCACACAAAAGUAUGACUUUUCUUUCUACAUAUGUGGCUUGCUUUAUAUGAUAGGAAUACUUACUUUACUGAUACAGCCUUGCAUCGGGAAGAAAAAAACGCCACCAGAGAAAAGCAUAGAAAAUGGCAACAUAUAGGACAACUUGCAGAAUGAUAUUUGAGGAAAUACCAUUUCUUUAUCUUGCUUUCUGAAGCCACUACCAAACUGCAUGUCUGAUGGGACCAGCUGGACUGAAUUACACCAAUUUUAGACACUAAAUAAAGUUUGCACUGCCAGUGGUGGAACUGAUGGGGGAGAAACAAGUGGUAGCUUAAUAGCACAUGCAAGAUGAUCCACUGUUCUUAGGUGAAAAUUCUCAGUACACAUAUAAUAGUGUGUUGUUCAGCAGCUGAACAUUUUUAUUUUUUUAUUCACAGAGGUUGGAUACGAGCAUAAAUUCAUAGAUUGGAACUCAGUUACUGCUAAAUGACAUUAACAGGGGAAAAAAAAGAUUAGUUCCAUUAGGAAUCAUCAAUAUGGAAAUACUUCCUUUUGAUUGUUCCAAUGAGAUAGUAACAUGCUGAAUAGACUCUAACUGCCCAUCGGUGGUAAAAAAAAUACAGAAAUGAACAGCAAAAAAUUAUUCUGUAAAGGCAACUAAUGGUAAUAUUUUAUGGGAUGAAUAAUGUGUAUCUGCAGCCACAAAGCAGUCUGUUCUACUGAAGGUACUUACAAUAACCUCAUAAUACCAACCUAGUACGGCAGCACAAUGGUGACACAAGUUAAAAGGCUUUAAGCGAUUACAGAUGGGAAGAUGUGUCCUGGUUCUUCAGAUUAAAGGAUCAGUUGCAAAUCGGGAAGAUCUGUUACUGCUUGUUUUUUAUGCACUGCUAGGAGCAGUUGGUUAUGACUGACAGUGGCAGCAGAUUCAACUGCAACUGACACAUACCUUUACUCCUGACUUGCAGGAGUAGGAUGCAUCCUCCUCUAUAGAUGUCAGUUCCAGUUUUGCUUGCAGCAGCAACUGUAAAAUAUUAUUAGGACACCAAGAGCUGUUCAAUUCACUGGACUUAUUAAAGCAGACUGGAACUUCGCCAUUAAUUAUAUACUAUGAUUUGAUAUGUGGGCCAGAAUAUGCAAUCCUUUCAGACAUGACUGAUUUCCCCCCUCAUUUGUUAACUGCAUAUGCCUCUACCUGUGCCAUAACACUUAUGCCACUAUCCUAUGUCAAGUAAGCCAGGCUGAAUAGUUCCCUGGGCUGAAUAACUAGAUGAUGUUAGGGGAAAAGCCCUUAUGAAAUGUUGUAUUGAGCUUGUUAAAAGGACGUGAACAUAACUAUCAAAUAAAUAUGCAUUGUGGCAGUCUUCCAUUUCCUACAAAACCCUUGCUCCUCAGAGUGAAAUAGUUUUUCCUCAGUGCACUUGCGUCCUAUAUUAGAUGUCAACAGUCACUACCUCUGCACUGAGUAUAGCUCUUGAAGGUCUGUAGGCAAAGGGCAAAGUCAACUCCUGACAUGAAGACAAAGAGAAUGAAGUCUACCAAAAUAUCAAAUCUUUGGGAUGCUAGCACAUGAUUCUGUUCCCUGUUGCCAUAAUUCAGCAUAGGAAAACUGGUUUAUAAGGCAUGGAUUGUUUAAAUGAGGAAGGUUUUCCACCCUGUCCCAUAAUAAAAUAUACUACUGUGCAUACUGAGCUACAUAUUAAACACAAACAUCUUUUUAAAAA